AUGCGCUUUGCUCUGCUAGCUCUCUUCCUCUUCGGAGUGAUCUUCGCCAUUGUGUCCGCCGGAGGACAAGGAGGCGGCGGCGGCGGUGGCGGCCAAGGCGGCUGGCAGAAGAACGGAGGAGGCGGUGGUGGCGGCGGCAAGGGAGGCGGCGGCGGCGGCCAAGGAGGAUGGCAGAAGAACGGAGGAGGCGGCGGCGGCGGCGGAGGCGGCGGUCAGGGAGGCUGGCAGAAGAAUGGAGGAGGCGGCGGCGGCGGAAACGGUGGCGGUGGCAAGCAUGGAGGCGGCGGUGGUGGCGGAAACGGAGGCGGUGGCAAGCACGGUGGCGGCGGCGGUGGAGGUGGCAAGCACGGAGGCGGCGGUGGUGGUGGCGGUGGCAAGCAUGGAGGCGGUUGGUAA